AUGGCAGAAGAAAACGAAGUUGUUCAGCCCGGAAAUGCCGAUGGAAGUAAAUUAUUUCAUUCCUUGUUUAGAUGACCAGAUAAGUUUAAGAUUGGUGACGAUUUUGAUAUGUUUAUUAUGAAAUUGGAAUUGUAUUGUGGAGCAGUCGAGCUUGUGGAUGAGAGGAAACGAAGGUUUGCUUUUCUGUUUAAUCUCAACGAGGACGCUUUUCGCCUAGCAGAAUCAGUCGAGUUCAUUGAAGAAGCUGAUGCUUACAAGAAUUGGCUUAAGGAGCUGAAACUGUUGUUCGAAAGAAAUCAAAAACCGUGA